UCACUCUUCUGCUCCAUGGAAUUGCCGGUGACAAUGCUGGUUUCUGGUGGCCAGAUAACAACACCAUACAGAAUUGAAACAAGAAAUCUGGGCUACAAAUUAUGUACCCAAUUUGAUGAAAUGAAGUUUGUGUGUUGUGCUACUUCAAGGAGGGUUCCAAGUUUCAUUUUGAAGGAUGUAAACUGUGAAGCAAGGCCUGUAGAGAUCACUGCAAUUGCUGGUCCUAGUGGGGCUGGAAAAACCACACUGCUAGAGAUUCUUGCUGGGAAGAUAUCUCCAAAGAAAGUUUGUGGUCAAGUGCUGGUUAAUGAUCAGCCUAUGGACACCAAAAGUUUUCGGAGAAUAUCGGGAUAUGUCACACAAGAUGAUGCCCUAUUCCCAUUACUUACAGUUGAAGAAACACUCAUGUUUAGUGCUCUGCUAAGGCUUCAUGGUGGGAGAAAAGAGGCUGCAUAUAAAGUGAGACAGCUGAUGAAGGAGCUUGGGUUGGAGCAUGUUGCAGCUUCAAGAAUUGGUUGGGGAUCCAACAAUGGGAUUUCAGGUGGGGAAAGGCGCAGAGUCUCAAUUGGAGUUGAUUUAGUUCAUGAUCCAGGUGUGAUUUUGAUUGAUGAACCAACUUCAGGGCUGGAUUCUGCCUCAGCUUUCCAUGUAGUGUCCUUGCUCAAAACUAUGGUUGUCAAUCAAGGCAAGACUAUUGUUCUGACCAUUCACCAACCUGGUUUUCGAAUCCUAGAGAUAUUCGACCGCAUUAUUCUGCUUUCCAAUGGCACGGUCAUGCAUAAUGGAUCAUUGCAUCUUCUCCAACAAAGACUCAAUUCUGCUGGCCAUUGCAUCCCCAACCAUGUUAAUCUGCUCGAAUUCGCCAUUGAUGUUAUCGGCAGCUUGGAUGGUACACCAACUUCAGAAGCCUUGAACAUCCAUCCUUUCCCUUUGCAAGAAAGGCAUGUAUGCUCUCACAAUUUGGAAGGAAAGCUUCUAAUCUACCCAAAUUCUCGACUCGAGGAAGUUGUUAUACUAGGACAAAGAUUUUGCAGCAACAUAUUUAGAACCAAGCAACUGUUUGUCACACGAGUCAUACAAGCCUUGGUAGCUGGGUUGGUACUUGGGACCAUUUUCUUAAAUGUUGGCAGGGAAAAAGGGAGCAUUGCCUUACAAACCCAAACUGGAUUUUUUGCCUUCAGCCUCACUUUCUUGCUAUCUUCCACAACAGAAGGCUUACCAAUUUUCUUACAAGAGAGAAGAAUUCUAAUGAGUGAGACUUCCAAAGGAGCUUAUAGAGUUUCCUCCUAUGUUAUAGCAAACACCCUCAUAUUUCUUCCUUUUCUUUUCAUGGUUGGUCUUCUAUAUUCCACUCCAGUGUACUGGUUGGUUGGAUUAAGGAGGAACAUUGAUGGAUUUCUCUACUUCUCUCUGGUGGUCUGGAUGGUUCUUCUGAUGUCCAAUUCUGUUGUGGCUUGUUUCAGUGCUCUCGUGCCAAACUUCAUCAUGGGAACUUCAUUGAUUUCAGGGCUCAUGGGAUCUUUUUUUCUCUUUUCUGGGUACUUCAUAUCGAAGGAUAGCAUACCAAGUUACUGGAUUUUCAUGCACUACUCAAGUCUUUUCAAGUACCCUUUUGAGUGUUUUAUAAUAAAUGAGUAUGGAGGCGAGCAGGGAAGAAGGUGCAUACAAAUUGACAAAGAUGGAUGCAAUCUAUUUGGGGAUGGAUUCUUAAGACAACAGGGUUUAAGGGAGACACAAAAGUGGAGCAAUUUAGCUGUGAUGUUUGGUUUCAUAAUUGGUUAUAGAGUGCUUUGUCUUCUCAUUCUGUGGUACAGAUGCUGCAGAAACAGAAACUAG